GAUUGUGUAUUUACAAAAUAUAAGUCACAACUCGUGCUCCAUGCAAAGUUACAGAUAACUCUCAGUAGUGUAAAGUAUUACCACAUUGCACGACAUCACAACCAUGUCGUUACCACUUUCCUUGUUCUUCAUCAAUUUAAUGUUUUUAACUCAUCUUCAGUCAGUUUCUUCAAGUUUAUUACUACCAUUCGAAAUAAGUUUUAAUGCAGACAAAAUCAAAUUCUAUUCAAUUUCAACUCAAGGGGUCCCACAUGAAAUUAAACUGCUAGACAAUUCGUCCCUACAAUUUAGUCCGAUUAAAAGGAAAGCUCGCACAAUAAUUGUAAUACACGGAUUCGCAGUUCCAACAAGUUUUAUGCUUGCAAAUAGGUGGCUAAUUCGUAUUUAUAUGAAAAAGUAUCAAUUCGGCGAUAAUUUAAUUCUCGUCGACUGGUCUGCAUUGUCGACGAGAGGUUACAAUAUCUUCGACUCGCCCUUCUUGUAUCCCAUGGCGGUCGGGAACGUGGCUAAAACUGGGGACCGAGUUGCACAUUUUAUAAAAUGGAUGCAUUCCGAGGGUGCCAUAGAUUUUGAUGGGAUCCAUUUAAUUGGAAUUUCACUAGGAGCACAUGUCGCCGGACAUGUGGGAACGGCCAUCCAGCAGACAAAUGGUGGGAAAAAGAUAUCACGAAUUACAGGAUUGGAUCCUGCCGGUCCUCUUUAUUAUCCUUCCCACCAGGAACUGAAUCUAGACAAGACUGACGCCAACUUUGUCGAUAUUUAUCACUCCAAUAUGGGACUCUAUGGCGGAAGAGCGUUAGAUGGUCAUGUCGAUUUUAUUAUAAAUAAUGGCCGUUCUCAACCCGGUUGUAACACGGUGACAGAUAUUUUCUUCUGCAGUCACAACUUUGCCACGUUCCUCUUUGCCGACACCAUUAAGAAAUCUUACGUAGCGUGCAAGUGUUCACCGAAUGAUGAAAAUGAUCAAUCUUUAAAUCAAUGCCCGACACAAUGUCCAAACCCAGUAAAUGUUGGGCUGCACACCUCAAAUUCAACUCGGGGAGUGUAUCGCAUAAGCGCUCGGAAUGUACCGCAGUAUUUUAGAACUAUUCAACUUGACUAGAGUAACGUCGCCGAAAAGGGAGAGCUCCAAUUGCGAUCCAUUAAAAUUGGUUAAAAUUGGUGUCGGAAAAAUAUAGAUGCUUCAGAGGCAUUAUUUGUUCACCACGCGUUGGAAAGUAUUAAAAACAAUAGCUACCCAUAUAUGUAUGUAUCGUUGACUAUAAAAUAUAUAUUUUAAAAAUCUGCACGCAUUGUCGCAUAUCUAUAAACAAAUGAACAUUUCCAAGCAAAUAAACUGAACAAUAAAAUAUAGCUCGAAAAAGUAAAAA